CCUGGGGCGGGGGCGGGAGGCGGAGCGGCGGGGUGGGGGGCGUUGUCGCUGCGGUCUAGGGAGGCAGCGGCGGAGUUGAUGGUCGGUGUGUGAUGGCCGCCUCGGUGUUCUGCUGCCUGCGGUGCUGCAGAGAUGGCGGGACUGGCCACAUCCCUCUGAAGGAGAUGCCGGCCGUGCAGCUGGACACGCAGCACAUGGGUACUGAUGUUGUCAUUGUAAAAAACGGAAGAAGAAUAUGUGGAACAGGAGGUUGUUUAGCAAGUGCACCUUUACAUCAAAACAAAAGCUACUUUGAAUUCAAAAUCCAGUCUACAGGAAUCUGGGGUAUUGGUGUCGCAACUCAGAAAGUUAACUUGAAUCAGAUUCCUCUUGGCCGAGACGUGCACAGUCUGGUGAUGAGAAAUGAUGGAGCCCUGUACCAUAACAAUGAGGAGAAAAAUAGACUGCCAGCAAACAGCCUUCCACAGGAGGGAGAUGUGGUGGGUAUUACAUAUGACCAUGUAGAAUUAAAUGUAUAUUUGAAUGGAAAAAACAUGCAUUGUCCAGCAUCAGGUAUACGAGGGACAGUGUAUCCAGUUGUUUAUGUUGAUGACAGUGCAAUUUUGGAUUGCCAGUUCAGUGAAUUUUAUCAUACUCCUCCACCUGGUUUUGAAAAAAUAUUAUUUGAACAGCAGAUCUUCUGAAUGUAUUUUUUUUUUUUGGAAACUUGUAUUUCUGCACUAUUAAAAGUGUUUACCAUAUAAUAAAGCUUUACCUGACCUAUCGAUGAAAAUAGUCUUAAAAAUAUGCUUGUUAGUGUUUAAGGAACCAAUGUAUUCAAUAUAUCAACCAGAAGUUGUGCUUUAAAAUACUGAUGUUUUGUGACAUGAAAUGAGCAUUUUUGGCAGUUUAUUUAACAUUUACUUAAAAACAAUGGGUUUGAUUAACAGUAUUAAGUGGAAAUAUGUAUAUAGAUAUUUAAAAGGGAGUCUUUCUUAUAUAAAAAACUUGAUAGAGAUGCAGAGUUGAACUGGGUUAUUCUGAAGUUUAGACCUCUAACUUUUUAAAAUCUGUAAUCUAAUUUGGUGUCCCAGUGUCCUUUUUGUAUAUAGUAUAACAAAGUGACAGAGUGUUAUAUUACUGGAAACUUCAUUUUUGGUGACUAAUUUACUGUAAAUGUACCACUUGAAUUCUAAAGUGCUUAUUUUAUUUAUAUGAUAUUGCUUUUGAUUUGCUUUCUGGAAGGAGAUACAUGUUUUAGAAAUUGUCAGACCAUUUUGUUGAAGACCAUUAUGCUGUGUUACUCCAAUAUAUGAGUAAGUAAUGGCUGAUUAGUAAUGUAGUAUACACUGGCAGUUAAUACAUAUAAUGCUUUACGUUUAAAUGUAAAUGAGAUUAUUCUUUUAAGAAUUUUUAUUUAAAUUUGUGUUUUUCUGUAAGGAAUAGUAAAUAAUAGUAAUUAAGGAAUAUUCAGCACUCUAGUAAGCACGUUCUUUGUUUUAUUAAUGACAUAAUAAAUUCACUUUUCCCAUGAUGUUUUAGAAGUUCAGAGAUAAUUGAAUCUUCUCCAUGACCUAGAGCUUUUGCCUAAUUUUCAGUAUCACUGUCCUUAAGUUAACAAUCUAUUAUUCUGAAAUGAUCUCUGUACACAUUUCAAAUGAGCAUGCCCUUUUCACUCCUUUAUCAACAAGAUGCAGUAUGUUAUACUUUUAAAAUAGGCGUUAGAAUUGAUGGUGAUCUGCUUUAAAAAAAAAAAAAAA